UCAAGGUGGAGAAGCCUUUUCCAACUGCAGGUCGAUCACAGGGGCCCCUGCUACUGGCUGCAGCUCCAGCCCUGCCUCGUUCUCCACCAUAUAAACAAUCCAACAGCCUCACUGAAUCACUGCUGUGCAGGGCAGGAAAGCUCCACGCACACAGCCCAGCAAACAGCAGCACACAGCUGAAAGGAAGACUCAGAGGAGAGAGAUAAGGAAGGAAAGUAGCGAUGGAUCUCAUCCCAAACUUGGCCGUGGAAACCUGGCUUCUCCUGGCUGUCAGCCUGGUGCUCCUCUAUCUAUAUGGAACCCAUUCACAUGGACUUUUUAAGAAGCUUGGAAUUCCAGGGCCCACACCUCUGCCUUUUGUAGGAAAUAUUUGGUCCUACCGUAAGGGCUUUUGGACGUUUGACAUGGAAUGUUAUAAAAAGUAUAGAAAAGUCUGGGGUUUUUAUGACUGUCAACAGCCUGUGCUGGCUAUCACAGAUCCCGACAUGAUCAAAACAGUGCUAGUGAAAGAAUGUUAUUCUGUCUUCACAAACCGGAGGCCUUUCGGGCCAGUGGGAUUUAUGAAAAGUGCCAUCUCUAUAGCUGAGGAUGAAGAAUGGAAGAGAAUACGAUCAUUGCUGACUCCAUCUUUCACCAGUGGAAAACUCAAGGAGAUGGUCCCUAUCAUUGCCCAGUAUGGAGAUGUGUUGGUGAGAAAUCUGAGGCGGGAAGCAGAGACAGGCAAGCCUGUCACCUUGAAAGACGUCUUUGGGGCCUACAGCAUGGAUGUGAUCACUAGCACAUCAUUUGGAGUGAACAUCGACUCUCUCAACAAUCCACAAGACCCCUUUGUGGAAAACACCAAGAAGCUUUUAAGAUUUAAUUCAUUAGAUCCAUUCACUCUCUCAAUAAAAAUCUUUCCAUUCCUUACCCCAAUUCUUGAAGCAUUAAAUAUCACUGUGUUUCCAAGAAAAGUUACAAGUUUUCUAACAAAAUCUGUAAAACAGAUAAAAGAAGUUCGCCUCAAAGAGACACAAAAGCACCGAGUGGAUUUCCUUCAGCUGUUGAUUGACUCUCAGAAUUCGAAAGACACUGAGUCCCACAAAGCUCUGUCUGAACUGGAGCUCGUGGCCCAAUCAAUUAUCUUUAUUUUUGCUGGCUAUGAAACCACGAGCAGUGUUCUCUCCUUCAUUGUGUACGAACUGGCCACUCACCCUGAUGUCCAGCAGAAACUGCAGAAGGAAAUUGAUACAGUUUUACCCAAUAAGGCACCACCCACCUAUGAUACUGUGCUACAGAUGGAGUAUCUUGACAUGGUGGUGAAUGAAACGCUCAGAUUAUUCCCAGUUGCUAUGAGACUUGAGAGGGUCUGCAAAAAAGAUGUUGAGAUCAAUGGGAUGUUCAUUCCCAAAGGGGUGGUGGUGAUGAUUCCAAGCUAUGUUCUUCAUCAUGACCCAAAGUACUGGACAGAGCCUGAGAAGUUCCUCCCUGAAAGGUUCAGUAAGAAGAACAAGGACAACAUAGAUCCUUACAUAUACACACCCUUUGGAACUGGACCCAGAAACUGCAUUGGCAUGAGGUUUGCUCUCGUGAACAUGAAACUUGCUCUAAUCAGAGUCCUUCAGAACUUCUCCUUCAAACCUUGUAAAGAAACACAGAUCCCCCUGAAAUUACACUUUGGAGGACUUCUUCGAACAGAAAAACCCAUUGUUCUAAUGGCUGAGUCAAGGGAUGAGACCUUCAUAGAUAUGAAACCCAUUCACAUGGAUUUUUUAAAAAGCUUGGAAUUCCAGGGCCCAGACCUCUGCUUUUUUUGGGAACCACUUUGUCCUACCAUCAUGUGACUGUUUUUGAGCUUACUCUUUUGCUUCCUAUGAUUGCAAAGAGCAGCUUAGUUCCAUCAGUAAAAAUGCUUCUCCGCAAGAGGAAGGUCUGAGGUUUUACCCUUUCUGAAACAGUGUGUAGGCACCACCCAGAGCAUGGCAAGGUUUACACAGGGGCUCUCUUGCUGACUCUCAGGAACCUCAGGUUUGCCUCAGUUGAACAGACCAAAUCGCAGGUAGAUCAGCAACCUGAUGUUCAAAACUUGAUAUGCAGACUUUGCGAACAUCAUAAAGACUUUCUUUUUGCUCCAUGUAGGUUCCCAGGAAAGUAUAAUCAUAGUUAGUAUUAAAAGUCAGAACAGGAUCCCUUGAUUGUGGCUUGUUAUCUGUGGACAUGAGAGUCAAACUUUCUUCUCUGUAGCAAGAGCUCACGAGUAGCCUUUUUCCCCUUCCUCCUGGACAGCUUUGAAACUCAGUUUAUUAGAGAGAUCAAGUAUUUACCAUUGGGUCAUUUGCACCUGCUUGAAUCAUCUCCAAGAAAUGCUAAAUUCCCUGAAGGUUUUUCCAUGGCUCUACCUUAGCUCUUACUCCCCGUGACGUCUCUUGCAGCUUUGAGACACACGGCAGAGGGGUUCUGUUUUACUUCUUUUUAUUCAAAGCCUGCACUUUAUUAGUGAGUCUGAGGAAGGAGUGGAUGUAACUGAGAUGAGAUAAUAUUGUCUAUCAACCUCAGAUCUUUUUUUUUUUCAUAAUACUUUCAGUUCUAGGGUACAUGUGCACAACGUGCAGGUUUGUUACACAUGUAUACAUGUGCCAUGUUGGUGCGCUGCA